CGAGCGGCUGCGGCCUCGGUGUGCCCAGGGAGCCGCCGGGCGCUGCGCGUCGCGGGCCGCGCGGUCGGCAGAGCUGCGGUGCCGCGUCCAAACCCGAAGGGUGCAGCGCCGCGCUGUCCGCUGUCCGCUGCGCGGUUUCCCCUUGGACACCUAGGACAGCGUGCUGGCCGAGGGGGAGCUUGGCCGAGCGGGACUGGACAACAUCGAGAGAUGUCCACCCCGCCGCUGGCUGGGGCAGGGAUGCCUCCCGGUGCCUUCUCAGGGACACAGGCUCAAGCAGCUCGGGAGGUAAAUACGGCUUCGCUCUGUCGCAUUGGCCAAGAGACUGUGCAGGACAUCGUGUUUCGAACCAUGGAAAUCUUCCAGUUGCUGAGGAAUAUGCAGUUACCGAAUGGCGUUACUUAUCAUACUGGGACAUAUCAAGACAGACUGGGAAAGCUGCAGGAACAUCUCCGUCAACUAUCAAUACUCUUCAGAAAACUGAGAUUAGUCUAUGACAAAUGCAAUGAAAACUGUGCAGGGCUUGAUCCUGUUCCCAUAGAACAACUUAUUCCAUAUGUUGAAGAAGAUGGAUCCAAGCAUGAUGAUCGUGGUGCUGCCAGUCAGCUUCGUUUUGCUACUGAAGAGAGAAGGGAAAUCAUGGAAGUAAAUAAGAAACUGAAACAGAAGAAUCAGCAGCUGAAGCAGAUCAUGGAUCAGUUACGGAAUCUCAUUUGGGACAUAAAUGCCAUGUUGGCAAUGCGGAACUGAACAAGAAAACAACUUAAAAUCAAACUUCAUAAUUAGAAGAGAUACCGAUUUUUUUCAGAUAUUCUUGUUUUCUUUCUAAGAAGUAACAUGUUUUCCCACAACCAUGUUGCAGUAAUAUUUGGAAAGUUUUCAAUAUUAAAAUGUUGUUUUUUCUCUGAUAAUUUAAAUUAGUGUUGACUUACUUUUUAUAAAAGAUUCAUCCUACAGUUUGUAUCUGAGUGAUUCAAUUAGGCUGAAUAUAGCAACUUUUGUAACUUACAAUAAUAAUUUGAAUUGCUAUAUAAAUUGUUUUUUUAAUAAAUGAAGUCUUUCUAGA